ACGCGCGCGCGCCCGCCGCACAGACUUCCUCAGUUCUGAAAACGACCAAGCUCAGACGAAACACAGACGUGGAAUCGCUUGACCUUGACCGGCAGUGGUGAAGGGAUCGGAUAGAUAGGGCAGCAACUAGAGUAUGACGAGCAUCGACCGCAGGACUGUGCCAUCGGGCUAUUGGGGAGAGGUGACCUCGAGCCUCAUCUGGUGCGAGGAGAAGUACCAAUGGAGCAAAUACGUAGCAGAGCCAGUCAACACUUUUACGAAUGUCUUCUUCUUCCUCCUGGCCAUCUAUGGCGCAAAGAAGACCUUUGACGAGCGCCUUCCCCUGCGCUUCUUUCUCGUCAAUCUUGGCAUCGCGGGCAUCGGCGUCGGCUCCUUUCUCUUCCAUGCCACGCUCAAGUACGAGGCCCAGCUGCUCGACGAGCUGCCGAUGAUCUACACCUCGGCUCUGCUCACCUACUGCGUCCUCGAGACGACGCCUGGGUACGGCAAGCCGCGCUUCCGUAUCCUCCUCCCCACCGUCCUCAUUCUCGCCGUCACAUUCAUUACUGUCGGCUACCUAUACCUCGGCAACCCCAUCUUCCACCAGGCGGCCUACGCCACGAUCCAGCUCGUCUCCACGUUGCGCAACCUCGAUCUCCUCUACAGUUCCCGCUCUCCGCUCCUCGCCUCCCCCGCCGGACGCGCAACACGCGACCAGAUCCAGCGGACCCUUGGCGUCGGCUCCGUCCUCUUCCUCGGCGCCUUUGGCAUCUGGAACAUCGACAACAUCUACUGCGCCCACCUGCGCGACAUUCGCAAGAAGCACGGCUUUCCCCUCUCGCUCCUCACCCAGGGCCACGGCUGGUGGCACAUCGGCACGGGCAUGGGCGCCUACCUCAUCCUCGUCGCCUCGGAGCUUCUCGUCCUCUCCAUCAAGGAGUCGCCCGAAAACUUUGAGCUCGUAAACGCCUGGCCCUCGCUGCACUUUUUCGUGCCCCACGUCAAGCGCAUCCGGCAGUUUGACGCCAAGCGCGACCUCAAGGGCAGGAAGCCGAGAAAGAGCCUCACCGCCCCCAGCAACGGGCAGGUCCGCAAGGACGACUGAGGUCAAUUCUACACUUCAUGCUCCUCUGCAUUCCUGCUGCUCCCGCUGUCGUCAAUCAGUCGCCAAUGCAACAUUGUAAUCAGUCACUUGCGCACCUGCGAUUGUACAUCGUAGAGAGAGAGAGAGAAAGAGAGAGGA